CGUCGUAUUGCGCUUGACAAAAUUUCCAAUCGUUGUAAUCUAACCCCCACCGCCUCUUUUCCCCCAUUUUUCAAACAAUCCCAAAAGAAUUAAAAUUAGGGCUUUUUUCUCCUUAUAAUAAUAAUCACAAUCACUUUCUUCCUCUUCUCCUCCUCCAUCCGAAACAUAGAGAAUUACAAUCAAUCCAUUCCUCACAUAUGGAUGUAGAGAAGAAAGACUCGGAGAGCAUCGUUCUGGCCAACCCUCCUGCCCUGGCUCUCAAGGACGCCGACGAUAGAGAAGCCGAAGAUCGCGAACGCAUUGCUCUCGAUCUCAAAGCCGGUCUCCACCCCCUCAAGCACAAAUUCGUUUUCUGGUACACACGCCGAACACCUGGAGUUCGUACUCAAGCACCAUACGAGGACAACAUUAAAAAGAUAGUGGAUUUUAGUACUGUGGAGGGAUUCUGGCUCAGCUAUUGCCAUUUGGCUCGUCCGUCAUCUUUGCCCACUCCAACUGAUUUGCAUCUGUUUAAGGAGGGAAUUCGACCUUUAUGGGAGGAUUCUGCCAACUGCAAUGGUGGAAAAUGGAUUAUUCGAUUUAAGAAAGCUAUUUCUGGCCGCUUCUGGGAAGAUUUGGUUUUAGCUUUAGUUGGUGAUCAACUUGAUUAUGGCGACAACAUUUGUGGAGCUGUAUUGAGCAUUCGUUUCAACGAGGACAUAUUGAGUCUGUGGAACCGCAAUGCAUCUGAUAACCAGGCUGUGAUGGCGCUGAGAGACGCGAUUAAGCGACACUUGAAACUCCCACCCAGCUAUAUAAUGGAAUACAAACCCCAUGAUGCAUCUCUGCGUGACAACUCGUCGUAUCGGAACACUUGGCUUAGGGGAUAGAUCAUAUCCAAUCUGUGGCUGAUUCUACAACACGGAAGGGGUUGAGGCGCCUGCACAUUCUGCCCUGUUCUUCUUUGUCUUUGGGGCUUGGGUUUAAAAUCUUGUUCAUCAUAUUUGUUUCAUUGGAAAUCACAGAUUGUUAGGGUUUUCCUUAAUUAGAUUAUGUUCCGACUUCUGAAUGAGCAGCAUUCAUAACGCUACUUUGAUCUUACUACAUACAAUUUACAAGAAGAAAGUUAGAUUCAAGUUUUCUUCAAGUUAAAUAUGUCAGUGGUGUUUUUACUGCUCUAUGGCUUUACGUUUUCCCAAAUUUCAUAACGUUGGAAAAAAAUUGAAGAUGAAAUAAGAACUGACCGACC